CGACGUCUGGUCUGUAGUGUCUGGUUCAGAACUGGACUUCGUGAAAAGAAGAACACCUCUUCGAGUAUCGCAAUUCAAAAUAUGCAUGGCCAAGUCAAAGUGCGAAGAUCACCAGAACAGGAUGCACAACACCGUGAAAUCGAAAGCGAAGCGAAGCGGCGUUUUUCUUUACUAGUCGAAGAAGUUCUUGCAAAACGUCGGUCGGGUAUUUUCGAUCUUGAACUCUUGGAGAAGCUUGCAGAACUUUUGGAACAAUCACCAGAGAUGUUUACGAUGUGGAACUAUCAACUUUUGGAGCAAUCACCAGAGAUGUUUACGAUGUGGAACUAUCGUCGGGAAAUAUUACUUAAUACUGUCAAUUUCGAUCUUCCAACUGAUGCCAGAUCCCGAAUAUUUGAUGACGAACUUACAUUAACGUCAAGGUGUUUUUUAAAGAAUUCAAAAUCCUACGCGACUUGGCAUCAUCGGAGAUGGAUAAUGUUGCACCAUCCACGUCCCGAUUGGAAGAAUGAGCUGGAUCUUUGUAACAAAGCUCUUAGGUUGGAUGGACGGAACUUUCAUUGUUGGGAUUAUCGGAGGUUCGUCGUUGAAAGCUCCCGUACACCAAAUACUACUGAGCUCUACUUUACUUACAUGACUCUGGAGGAGAACUUCAGCAAUUACUCUGCUUGGCAUUACAGAAGCGGAUUAAUUGGAGCGGAUGAUGAAGUUUGCACAGUUGCCACUCCAGUUAGUCCACCACCUACAUUUGAAGUCGAUCGUAAAAAUGAAAUUUCCGAUUUCCCAUGGGAUGAAUUUGAUCUUGUUCACAAUGCCGUUUUUACGGACCCCAAAGACCAAGGACCCUGGUUUUACUAUUCAUGGUUGCUUGGGCGUGGUGUAAAAAAUUGUUACCUUCGUGAACUUUAUCUUUCAAGGAGUCUGCAACGUGCCGUCCUAGUUUUUACGUCCCCAAAACUUAAGAGUGCCAUAAGCCACUUGCAUGUUGACAUAUCAGUGAGAAACCCAUCCACCAAUACACUCAACUCUUAUACUCCUAGUAAUCUUGAUGGCUGGAAAAGCGCUCUGAAUGAUAAUAUUUCUGCCGUGUGGUGGUUUGAGCUCCCAAAGACCAUUAUCGAUGGAUGCACGGUAUCUGUGACAGUCCACUCCGAGGAAAGGGGAGAUAAGACUGCUGUUUGCUCCUCCACAGUUGAAGACUCCAAAACAUGGCUCUUUUGUAAGAUGGAAGCAGAUCAAAAAGAAUCAUUGACCAGAGUCGCUCUUGAUCCCCGACGCCUUCUGAAUUUUAUGGUUUCUCCUGUUCAUGAACCAUCCAGUUUGAUGGGUGAACUCGAUACUGUUCGUGAACUUGUUGCAUUGGAGCCUAAUAACAAGUGGGCGUUGUUUACCCUUGUCAAUUUGCUUCGUUAUAUUCGUCCGCCCAACUGUGCGAAUGAAAUUGAGGCUGCCGUCGAAACCUUGAAGACUGUGGAUGGUCACAGGAAGCGUUAUUACGCUGAUAUGGCCAGUGCACAUGCUACCGAAGAUGCUCUUGUUGCAUCCUUUGCCGUUAAUUCACGCGUUCUCAACCUUUCCGGAGUUGGAUUGACUCGUGUUUGCUGCCUUGAUUGGUGCAGUCUUAUGACGGACCUUAACUUCUCUAACAACAACUUGGAUAUGCUUCCAGGAACAUGUGCUUAUCUUGUGUGUCUCAAAGAACUUAAUUUAGAUGACAAUCGAAUAUCCUCGCUGGGGCCUAUUGCUGGUCUUCCCCAACUAAAACACGUGUCUGUGUGUCGCAACCUCAUCAUCCAUUUUGAGGGACUUGAACCCAUUCUUUCUUGUCCCAAUCUUCGUGACCUUGAUAUUACUGGAAAUAGAGUUGCUGAGUUGUCCAACUUUACAGUUCUCCUGGCCGAGCAUCCCUACUCAAAGGGUAGUCACAAUUCCCUUAGCGUUGUUUACAAUAAACCAGUCAAGACAUGA